AUUCAUUAGCUAUUUUCAAAGGAAGCACUACUGCUCUAUUGCAUUGCGUAAUGCAGGCGAGACUGCCAGAGGCGUUCCACUUGUUUAAAUGACAUCAUAACUUCGAAGGGUGUAUACUAGAGAUGAUGAUGAUGCACUGCAUUUAUAUAGCGCCAUAUAUCUGUCAAAGACAUUCAAAAGGCGCAUUGGAGGAGCCAGUCAAUCUGGGUCGCCAAGAAGGGCGUGCACACAGAACUGUGACCCGCAGGUCUCUCCUCCCGAUAACUGGUUGGGGAAUGCAGCACCGGUAGUUUUCAAAAUCAGCACUGCUACUUUUAUUAAUCGCGUAAUGGAGAUGAGACUGCCAGAUGCGCUCCACUUGUUUAGUGGUGGACUAGUACUAUAGGUACUUCGGACUCAAACUCACCUCAUUGUAACUGCAGUGAAGAUCUUUUUCAAGUUCCUGCUAUGCAUGUGCUAGGCUAUCGAGAAUUAAUCGCUGAUACAGGAAGAGGUAAGAUUUCAAAGCUUCUGGUCUCAACUCAAGAGUCAGUUUGAUAUGGCAACAAAGAGGAGUUCUACUGCCAGUGGAGGUACAGAUGGAGAGCCAGCUAAGAAGAAAGGACUUUGGAUGAUGGGAUUAUUGGACUCUAUGAAGGAUCCUGCCCUGCAGCAUUUUACUGAUGACAAGGUGGUUGUUAUCAAGGAUAAAUAUCCCAAGGCGAGACACCAUUUCUUAGUUUGUCCAAGACUGAAGAUCAACAAUUUGAAGGCUCUUAAAGCUGAACAUCUUCCUCUUCUAAAUCACAUGCAUAAAAUAGGCAAGAAGAUCAUCAAGGAGUCUAUAAGUGAGGAAGGUUUAAAGUACCAGCUUGGAUAUCAUGCAAUACCAAGUAUGAGCCACCUUCAUCUACAUGCCAUUUCAAGGGAUUUUGAUUCACCCUGCCUCAAAACCAAGAAGCAUUGGAACUCAUUCACAACGGAUUACUUUGUAGACUCCAUGGAAUUGAUAGCUGAGUUGGAAGAAAAUGGUUGUGUUGAUACCUCUGGACGGAAGGGAGAUGAACUCUUAAAGCUACCUUUAAGAUGCCAUGUUUGCAAAUCAGAGUUCUCAAAUAUGCCAAAGCUGAAACAACACAUUGUAAAACAUAUUGAUAAGUGACCAAGUUUAAAGAGGUCUGCGGAAGAGGACAACAAGAUCAUCAGUCAGUGCUAUUGUACGGAUUGGACGAUAAGUGAGAGAACUGAACGGAAUUAGACUUCAAUGAUACAGAGAGGGUUGGCAUUGUGUUCAGACGAUAUAUGACUACUGAUGUUUUUAUAUAGGAGUUCUCCACCAUGCCAAAGCUUAAAUUACACAUUGUUAAACCCAUUAAGAAGCGGCCAAGAUUCAGUGGGUCUGCGGAAAAAGACAACAAUCAGUGCUGUGGUAUGGAUUGAACAUUUACCAGCGUGUACUGGAUGGAAUUGUCCUUAGACUCUAUGGCCCGUAUUCUGAAGUCAGGUUUAAAUUAGACCAUGGUCUAACUCUGUGCUAGAAUUAUGGGAAGCCAAAAGUGUCAAAAUUUGUAUUAAGUUGUAUGUUUCUUAUGUUUACUGUGCUCUUUCCUGAUUUAUCGAUGGUGAAGACAAUCAUGUAUUUAUACUUCCAAGACAAUUAUGAGUGAUUUGAGAGCCAAAUGAGCUGAAAUAUGAUAUCUCUACUGUUAGUGAUUUAUGUAACAAUUGGCUAUCCAUACUUAAACCACAACUUUAAACCUGAGUUUAAGUUAAACCCGACUUCAGAAUACGGGCCUAUUAAUACAUGUUGGAUGUUGGAUUGAAAUCGUGUUCGGAUGGUUUCUUGCUAUCAGUAAGGUUGUUUGCAAACUUAAGUUCUCCACCAUGGCAAAACUUAAACAACACAUUGUAAGUCACAUCAAGAAGUGACCAAGUUUUUAGAAUACAAAGGACAAGAAUUUCAGUCAGUGCUGUUGUAUGGAUUGAACAAUUACAGAGAGAACUGGAUGGAAUUGUUGGAAUGGAUAGUUUCUUGCUAUUACUACCAUUGGGUGAUUUCAAGUUCAGUGUUGACCUUUUGGUGUUGGUGUUAGGUCAAUUUUUACAUGAGUACAACACUAAACAUAAAAUGAAGAUGGUCCUGAAAAGUCACUCACUGGUUGUUGAGAUGUCAAUAAUGUGAUCUGGAUCAGUUCUACAAAUUCAGAAUAGGUUUUGGAGCUAGGGGAAGCACUCCAAAUUCCAACACUAACACCAACGCCAACACCGGACUUGAAAUCACCCAAUGUUUGCAAAUUGGGAGUUCUCCACCAUGCCAAAACUUAAGCAGUACAUUGUGAAACACAUCAAGAAGUUUCCAAGAUUAGAGAGGUCUACAGAAGAACACAAGAUCAUCAGUCAGUACUAUUCUAUGGAUCAAACAAUUACUGAGAGACUGUGGAAGCUUUUCAUGAAAAGACUUGCCAGACGCUUUAUCCGACAAAGUUUGUUAACUCCAACAGUCUGCUCAAUGCUGAAGUUUUAUAAUCGGGGCUGAAAUCAGUAUAGGACACCUUAGCAAACAUCCAAGAACACAAGAAUUGAACAAUGGACCUAGGGCACGUAACACAAAGAUUAGCAAUGGUCGUAGAACGUUUAUCUAUGAUUGAUUCCAUUCGCCACAAUGUUCAAUCAAUCGCAAAAAUUGACUGUACGAUUAAUUGCUAACCUUUGAGUGACUUCAUUUUAUAUUUGGCCUUAUGUACAUUGUUGACCUAGCACCAACCUAAAAAUUGACAUUACACUAACACCUAAAGGUCAACACUAAACUUCACCCAUUCAAGGUGGUGUUCACAUUCACUGACAUUGGUUAUAUAUUCCUUUAUAGGUGAAGGGCAACAAAGUAUUCAUAAUGAUAGACAGGAGCCCAAAUAAUAGCUAAUGUUUGGAGGAAGGCAAUGCACAGAUGAUCUGAUUAGUCAUUACAGCUCACUGGUCUUUGCCACUUUUUUUUUUUUUUUUUUUCUGAGAGUUUUAAUACCAUAGAAUGCUAUGUCAGGAAAGCUUACGCAAUAUCUUUAUUUAUACAACUCAGAUUCUUGUCAUUUGAUUGGUUGGAAGUACAUGAUCUGCAUUCAUAUUCAUACUGAAAGCUGUUCAGUACAUUGCUGCAUUAAUAUUUUUAUUUUCCAUUGCACUGUAACCGUACAUUUUUUUUCCAUUGCACGGUACGCUCACUCCCUCAGUGUGUGCCACUGUGCAUUUGUGUAUCUAAUUUAUUAUUUAAUGUGUGUGUGUUUGCGUGCAUGAAGUAAACACACCAUUCUAUGCUGAAUGUGCCCACUUGUACUUAGCCUCUUGUUGAGGCCCUGGCGGCUGCUUCCCGAGCGAAGAAAGGGAUUUUCUAAUUUGCGAAGCGAAUUAGGCCUGGCGCGAGCCUGUCUCGCGGCGCUCUGUUUCGCUCCCUCCCUUGCUUCGCCAUGUUCGCUCGGAAAGCAGCCGACAGGGCCUCGACAAGAGGCUAACUUGUACUUGGAUCCAGGCAUGAAUCAUUGUGUGUUAUUUACAAAAAGGUAAACAGCUGCCACUGGCAGAUCUAAGUAGGAGCUUGUACCCCCCCCCCUCCUUGAGAAUUUUUUUUGGCUUGUCAAAUUUUUUCUGGAACAAACUGAUCUUCAUUACUUAGAACUUUUUUUUUCUGGGGGGAGGGGGGGGUUUGUCAAUUUUUUCCUGUACAAAAAUGUCCCCCCCCCCCCCCUUGGAAAAUCCUUGAUCCGCCCCUGGCUGCUGACAUUAGGAAGAAGAAUCAGAUGGACCUGGGUAGGCUGAUUGCUUCUUUAACCCUAUAAACUAGGCCGGGCUUUUUUGGCUGUUCUGUGGCCCGGGGGGAGGGGGGGGUUGAUUCACCCCCCCCCCCCCCGAGAUCUUGGCCGCCGAUCGCGCGAGCGCCGCAAAAAUUUGCACGCUGGUAGUGUGCGAUGUAAUCUACAAGGCUGUAUGGUAAAAUUUUCCAAAAUAAUGAGAUUUUAUUUUAUAUGAAUUAAUUAUGCUAAUUUGUGCAUAAAUCAUACUUUUUGCUCUAAUUCACUAAAUAAAGCUCCUAGAAUGCUAAUUUUUGGCAAACAUACUCUUUGUAGCAUUCUUAACAAUAUCAAUUGAAAAAAACUUCGUUUUGGAAAUCGAUUUCUUAUGUAUUUUAUUGUUUUAUGAAUUUCUUAUGUAUUUCCUUGUUUUUCAACCUUUUGUUUUUCUUUGUUUUUUUCAACAGAUUUAUUGCACAGCCUUUUUGAAGCAUAAUUAUGCUAAACUCAAUUGAUUUCAGCGGUUCAAAGUAAAAAUAAUCAUAUCUUUAUGAAUAAGAUGAGAAAACUCAAUUUGCAUUGACUUUGUACACAAAAUCACUUUUUGGAACAAUUUUUGGUCUGACAUGCACUCACGAAAUGUUGCGUAAUUUCGGAACCGCGUACCCCGGUGUCGUAAUUUUGGUCUCAAAAGAUGUGCGAGACUUAAAAGUAUAAACUCUGCGAGUGGCGCGGUCAAAAAAUUUCGCCCGGCAGAAUGAUCGCAGAAAAUGUUGAGGGGGAUUGAUUCAACCCCCCCCCCCGGCCAUUUUAGGGUUAAAUGAAUAAUCAGUUAUUUUCCCUGACUAUUUGAUAAAUUACUGAAAUCCUUGCAUCAUCUGGGCUAAAGGAAAAUUUGACUGUUGAAUUCAUUGACAAGAUACUCCUUGAAACAUGGACUAUUAUAAUAAAUGCAAAACAAAACAGAAACAAUUUACAAUGAAA